AUAAGUGGCAAAAAGAAAAGGCGAUGUAAUCAAUCAACGCUUCAAGAAUAUUGGUUUUCAUCUUCUCAAGGAAGUCCGCCGAUCAUUGUUUUCGCCAAUUUUGGAGUUCUGUUUUUUUAUGCUUUAGUCUUUGAUUUCUUUAGGGUUUAGGGUGUUGAUUUGGGCAUAAGUUUAUUGAGUUGGGCUGUGCAAUAAUUUUCGAGGAGAAUGAGUAAAAGCUGCUUUAAGCAAGAGCAUGACUUCGAGAAGAGGCAAGCCGAGGCUGCAAGAAUUAGGGAGAAAUACCCUGAUAGAAUUCCGGUGAUUGUGGAGAAGGCUGAGAGAAGUGACAUUCCUAACAUUGACAAGAAAAAAUACCUUGUCCCUGCUGAUCUGACGGUGGGUCAAUUUGUCUAUGUAAUUCGGAAGAGAAUUAAACUGAGUGCGGAAAAGGCAAUAUUUAUUUUUGUGGACAGCGUUCUUCCACCCACUGGAACAGUAAUGUCUACCAUUUAUGAUGAAAAGAAGGAUGAAGAUGGGUUUCUCUAUGUAACUUACAGUGGAGAAAACACAUUCGGGUAGAUGAUUAUGGCGUAUCCCAAAUUUGUCUGUGAAAUCUUCUGUUGCAGUCAUCUUUCUGAUGACUAAUCUUCCUCGCUGCCGAAAAAGAUGGCAUUAUGCCCGUUAUUAUGUAAAUCUUACUGUCUCUACAUGUACAGUUCAUCUUUAUGGACAGGCUGUUCUACAUGCUUUAUGAUGAUAGCAUCUAAUGUUGUGAAUUGCAUUAAUGAAGUUUGAUUUCUAUGAUUUAACUAAUUAUAGACC